AUGGAACCUUUUUCACCAACUGACGCCCUACAACCAUUUGUAACCGUACACGAAUCCGAAGCUGCAUAUCUUCCGGAAUAUCUUUCAAUAACCGAGACAUUAAAGGCUGAAGAAGCUGAAAUCAGUCCCAAAAUUAUGCCAGAAAAAUCAGAUUUAAACCUGACAGAAUUGGAAGAGUUUGUUAAGAAGACUAAACUGAACGGCGGUUUCGAUCCAUUACAUAAGGCACCAGUGCCAGAACAGAUUGCUUUAUUUCUGUUACCAUGUCUGCAUAUCUCUUCUAUCCCCAAACAUAAUUAUUACACAAAACGAUCAAUAUCGACAUCACGACUGAUAUAUGCAUUGACUCAAGUCUUCUGCGUAUGA